UCAAAGAUCUCGGUUAGACAUCUUAAACAUUUCAUUUAAAUUGGUAUCUUGUCGAGUUAAGUUACAAACAAAACCGUUUGAUAGAUUUAGUAUUUCUUGAACUAAGUCGCAGUCUUGAUUUGAUAUUUGUGAUCAUUGUGAUAAAUAAAAUAAAAACAAACCAUGACAGUUGGUGCAUAUCUUUUGGUCUUUGGAUUUUUGAUUUGGUUGUAUUUUAUAUGGACGCGCCGCAGAUUUUAUUUGUUUGCUCUGAAAUUUCCCGGAUCACUGGGACUCCCAUUUAUUGGAAUUCUACAUAAGCUACUUCCACAAAAAGAUGUUCUCUACAAACUACCAAAAAUUGCAACCGAUUGCAAAUCGAAAUCAGCUUUCACAUGGAUAGGAACAGUUCCUUAUUUCUACACUUUUGAUCCAAACAUUAUCGAAAAGAUUCUUUCGUCCCGAAACUGUACCGAUAAAACAAGUGCUUUUGAAGUUUUGGACAAAGAAAUCGGAGCAGGUCUUCUUUCUAGUAAAACUCAGCGCUGGACUAAACAUCGAAAGCUUUUAGGUCCAACAUUUCAUCAUAAGGUUCUAUUAAAAUUCUUUCCAAUAUUCAAUAAUAAGUCCAAGGACUUAUUGGAGAAACUUGACAGUUUAGUUGGUGGUGGAGAAUUUGAUUUAAAUGAUUUAUUUCAAAGAUUCACUAUACAAACAGCCAUUGCAACUACUUUGGAUGUUGAAAUAAGUGAAAAGAACGAGAGGGAUGCAGAAUACAUUUCGCAUGUGCAAAAUCACUUGAGAAUAAGCAUUGACCGUUCGUUAGCACCUUGGCGAAAAAUCAAUGCCUUAUUUUACUUCAACAAAUUCUACAAAUCCUAUGUGGCAUCAAGAAAAUUUAUUUACAACUUUAUAACCGACCUUAUUGAUGAAAAGUUUAAAAAAAUGGAAAGUCUCUAUUUACACGAUUCAACCGAAGAUAAAGUUGAUAUAACAAAAUCUCGAAGAAUAUUUAUUGACCAAGCUGUUGAACUUUAUCGAACGAAUCUAUUUUCAUGGAAGGAUGUCUUUAUUGAAUCAAAUGUUUUAGUUUUAGCUGCUUUUGAAACAUCAGCAUCUUCUCUUUACACGGUCUUGAUGCUUCUUGCAAUGCAUCCACAUUAUCAGGAGAAACUUUUUGAAGAACUUAAAUUAGUUUUCCCAGAUGGUACCGAUGAUAUAACCUAUGAGGAUCUUCAACACCUUGUUUACAUUGAUAUGAUAAUCAAUGAAACUUUAAGGGUUGCAGCAACUAUUCCACUUUUAGGACGUGAUGCCAAUGGAGGCGAUGUUAAAAUAUCCGAUGAACUAUCAAUUCCUCAGGGAACUUCGAUUUUGAUUGAUAUAUUUAAUUUGCAUCGAGAUGAGGAUGUAUGGGGACCGCAUGCUAAGAAAUUUAACCCCGAAAACUUUUUGCCACAGAAUCUAGAAGGAAAGCAUGCGUAUGCAUUUAUUCCAUUUUCCAAAGGACCAAGGAAUUGCAUCGGUUGGCGUUAUGCGGAGAUGUUCCUAAAGAUUAUUCUUAGUAAAAUAAUUAGAAACUUUAAGGUGACAACAUCGUCUCGUUUUGAGGACUUAAGAUUUACAAUGAACAUGUCACUGAGAUGUGAUGUUAUGCCUCAACUACAAUUCCACCGGAGGCGGGUGGAUUCUUCCAACGUGCAAAGACUAAAAAAGAGUUGGUUGUUGUUGUUGUCUUACAGUAUGAUUUUAAAAAUAUUACUUUUUGGUCUUUGUCUACUUCUCACUCCUUUAUACCUUCAUGUUUCGAAAUAUCAAAAGUACAAAGAAAUCAGUAAGAAAUUUGGCAGUGGCAAGGGGUUACCAUUUUUUGGAGUGUUUUUCAUACUUUUUGAUUUGAGAGAAGUACUGUAUAAAUGGCCUAAGUUAAUACAAAAUUCAAAAUCGAAGUCAGCUUUCACAUGGUUUGGACCAUUUGUGCCAGUAUUAUAUACUUACAAUCUUAAUUAUGUACAGAAAGUAUUAUUUUCUCCUGAUUGCAACAAAAAAUCAAAUAAUUAUUCAAUAGUUCAUAAAGAACUUGGGCCAGGAAUUGUAUCAAUGGAAGGAACAAUUUGGAAACAACAUCGAAAACUUCUUAAUCCAUUAUUCAAUCACUCCAGUCUAACGUACUCAUUUCCGGUUUUUACUGAAAAAUCUUCAUUACUUAUCAAAGAAUUGGGACACUUUGUUGGAAAGGGCGAAGUACAGCUCACAUGGUUACUUAAAAAGUUCACAAUGAAGACUUCAAUUGCCUUUUUUUUGGGCUUCGAAUUGGAAGAUGAUAAUGUAGAUCACGUUCUUUUAAUGGAUCACUUAAUGAAUUUUAUGGCCAUUCUCGCUGACCGCAUGGUAGUAUUGACUAUAAACCUAGAUUCGAUUUUUCGUUGGACCAAGUCCUACCAGUCUUAUGUCAAAUCAAAAAAGUAUUUCUUCGAUUUUCUUAAAAAAAUCCUGUAUGCUAAAAUCAAAGAAACAACUUUAAAUGAAGACUUAAAAGAGAAUGAUAAAAGUUGCCUCCAACAAGCUGUCAAUAUUUAUCUCAAUGGAGACUUUUCUCUUAAUGAACUUCUAUCGGAAUUAAAAGUUAUUUUAUUUGCAGGAUUCGAAACGACAUCUGUAACUCUAGAAAAUCUAAUUCUGAUGUUAGCUAUGCAUCCUCAAUAUCAAGAAAAACUUUUUGAUGAAGUAGCGCACGUCUUUCCUGACAAAGAGUUCGAUGUGAGAUAUGAAGACAUCCAGCAGCUUAUAUUCAUGGACCAAUUUAUAAACGAAACAUUUCGUCUGAUGCCAACUGUGCCCUUAAUCGGACGAAAUGCAACAAAACCUAUUGAAAUAUCUGAAGAUGUAGUUCUUCCCUUGGGAACUACAAUAAUUGUUGAUUUAUUUAAGAUUCACAGGGACAAAGAUAUUUGGGGUCCGAAGGCUGAUUUAUUUAAUCCGGAUAACUUUUUGCCUGAUAAUUUGAGAGGAAAACAUUUGUGUAGUUUUAUACCCUUUGUAAAAGGAGCAAGAAAUUGUAUUGGUUGGCGUUAUUCAUUGUACUUCUUGAAAUCAAAUCUAUCUAAAAUUGUUCGGAAUUAUCGUUUUAAGACCAGCUUUCGAUUUGAGGAUCUUCACUUUCUAUUUAAUGCUUCUUUAAAACAUAAAUUACCACAAUUGGUGGAAGUUUAUAGAAGAUAAAAAUAAAUAAAUCUUAAAAUUAUAUGUUUAUUUAUUUAAA